UUAUUAUCCCCCACGUUUACCUAGAAUCACCCCCACCCUGCACCAUAUACAGACAGGAUGGAAUAAAUACAAGAGAGAGCAGAAUAUCACUUAACGAUUCCGCAUGUCGUUUUUAUUUGCGAAACGGCCUAAAUCAAAUCAGGAUGUUGUUCGCAAUCUUUGUGAGCUAUUGCAUCGCGUAGAGGGAAUUCAGGAUAAAAAAAAGUUGUUUGAAGAAAUUGCAAAGAACCUUCAAACCUUAAGGAUUUCUCUUUGUGGUACUUCAGAAACGGAACCUCACGCAGACCAGGUUUCAGAAUUGUCGUUGCAAAUAUAUCAGUCGAACGUGCUUUUGCUUCUGGUGCGAAACUUGAGAAAGCUGGACUUUGAAUCCCGCAAGGAUACGGGAUUAAUCUUCAGUGCUAUGCUUCGUAGACAAGUAGCUUCCCGAUGUCCUACUGUCGACUAUCUCAUGGGGAAUACCAGUAUUUUCCCUGUCCUCAUCUCCUACUACCAGUACACUGAGUCUGCCUUUACGGCUGGGACUAUUCUACGUGAAUGUGCCAGGCAUGAUAUUUUGAAUCAGGUGUUGCUAGAAACAAGUCAGUUUUGGUUAUUCUUCGAUUUAGUGCAAGCUCCUAGCUUCGAUAUUGCCAGUGACGCGUUUUCUACUUUCAAGACACUAUUGCUAACGCAUAAACAUCGUGUAGCAGAUUUUAUAUUUAAGAAUUUUGAUCGAUUUUUUUCAAACUUUACUGUCUUGUUGAAUUCCGAAAACUAUGUCACUAAGCGGCAAUCGUUGAAAUUGUUAGGAGAAAUCUUACUGAAUCGUGCUAACUACUCGGUCAUGACAAGAUAUCUGGCUUCUGCAGAAAACUUAAAAUUAAUGAUGAUUCUGUUACGAGAUAAAAGUAAAAAUAUUCAGUUUGAAGCGUUUCAUGUCUUCAAGCUCUUUGUCGCCAACCCCGAAAAAUCCCCAGAAGUAGUGGAAAUUUUGCGACGAAACAAAUCUAAAUUACUCACUUAUCUUUCUGUUUUUCAUAAUGACAGAAAGAAUGAUGAACAGUUUAACGACGAACGCGCAUUUAUAUUAAAACAAAUCGAACGUUUAUGAUACCACUAUUUUUCUCUUUUUAACGUCGUCUUUCUCCCUCAUGCGUUCUUUAAUACUUCAUUUUUGAUUUAUC